AUGAACGCAAAUCAGGAGUCAGAGUCGCAGCAGCAGCAGCAGCAGCAGCGGCGUCUCACGAUUGCCGAUAAAUAUGUUUUGGAAGCCGAGAUUGGCAAAGGCUCGUUCGCGACCGUCUACAAGGGCCGUUUGAUUGAUAAUAAUGAAACGAAAAAUAAAGAUUCUAUUGCUGUGAAAGUCGUGUCGCGUACCAAACUAAAAAACAAGAAGUUAUUGGAAAAUUUAGAGAUUGAAAUCGCGAUUUUGAAGAAAAUCAAGCAUCCGCAUAUUGUGGGCUUGAUGGACUGUGAGCGGACUGCGACCGAUUUUUUCCUGAUAAUGGAAUACUGCGCUUUGGGAGAUCUAACUUUUUUUAUCAAAAAGCGCAAGGGUGUCGUAGACAAACACCCUGUGGUCCGGUCGGUUUUUGAGAAGUAUCCGCCACCCAGCGAGUUGCACAACGGUCUUAACCGCGUUUUGGUAGUCAACUAUUUACAGCAGCUGGCUUCUGCUUUGACAUUUUUGAGGUCCAAAAAUUUGGUGCACCGCGAUAUUAAACCACAAAACUUGCUACUUUCAACACCCCUUGUCGGAUACCAUGAUCGUGACACAUUUCAUGAAAAGGGCUAUGUCGGAAUUUACAAUUUACCUAUACUCAAAAUAGCCGAUUUUGGGUUUGCGCGGUUUUUGCCCAACACGUCUCUUGCAGAGACUCUGUGUGGUUCCCCGCUUUACAUGGCACCAGAAAUUCUAAACUAUCAAAAAUAUAAUGCAAAGGCCGAUUUGUGGUCGGUGGGCACAGUUCUGUACGAAAUGUGCUGUGGAAGACCUCCUUUUAAAGCGGCGAAUCACCUUGAAUUGUACAAGAAAAUCAAAAAGGCGAACGAUAUAAUAACUUUCCCAAGCUACUGUGACAUCGAACCAGAAAUUCGGGAACUCAUAUGUGGGUUACUGACCUUCGAUCCUGCCCAACGCAUGGGAUUUUCUGAAUUUUUUGAUAACAAAGUAGUGAGAGAGGACCUCUCGCGGUUUGAGCAAGAGGAAAUACCUAACCUUGAAGACAAAUCAAAAGAUGUUGCAGAGAGCAACAUGUUUAUUUCCGAGUAUUUGACAAAGCCAGUGAAAAAGACAUCUAGCGAAAGUGACAAGGACAUCGAAUCGGCGACAAAUUCCCCACAAUCCUCCGUCAAGCCCACAAAUCCUACACCUCGGGUAUAUGCGGGUCAAAGUAAAAGCGGAUUGAAAAAGGCAGACCCAAAUACCCAUUCGGAUGUGUCAAUAGAAAGAGAAUACGUUAUGGUUGAGAAGAAAAGUGUCGAGGUUAAUGCGUUGGCUGAUGAAUUCGUAAAUUACGGAAUGGCCUUGCAAGAAAGAAAAUCACCAAGUUUGAGUCAACCACUAUCACAAGCAACACAGCCCCGGCAGCAGUCGCAGGCCCAACAGCGGCAACAACAUUUUCAAUCGACUUCUCAACAUGAACAGCCAAAACAUGUACACGCUCCGAUGCAGCAGCAACCCAUCAGCAUGUUGCAUCGAAAUUCGAGAAAUUCUUCGUCAAGUGGAGGAUCCGUAACGCGAAGGCCGUCCUUGAUAGAGCGUAGGUUGUCGAUAUCUUCGCUUAGUCCAUCAAGCGCUUUGACACGCGCGUUGGGCGUCGCCUCCACGCGACUUUUUGGACACCAGCAGGCAAGUGUCUCGUCAUCGCCCAAUUCAAACGCAAAUCAGCCGAUCCUUGAUCAGCAGGUCUUUCAAGAGCUAACUGAAAAUGUUCUUUUACGUGCAGGCCACCAGGACACCUCUUCUAAGUUCAACGGGCCUUAUGAUGAUGUAACGGUCAUUCCUGUUUUAGAGACAUUGGCGGCCAAGGCAUUUGUCGUAUAUUCAUACGCAGAGAUAAAGUUCUCCCAGAUCCUUCCACUGCCAACUUUAAACGCCAACGGUUCGUUCAGAAAGCGUCUUAGUAACGAAAGUUGUGCCAUAGAGGAGGAAGAUCAUCAUGAAGUUGAUUCGAUGAUAGGAAACAUAGCAGAAACGGCUAGAAGUAGAGCUUCCAGUAACGUAUCACGUAUGGGGUGGGGAUCGAAUGACCUUCCUGUGUGGGAGUUGAGAAGGUUGUGUACUGAGGCAAUUGUCCUCUACAUGAAGUCUCUGGCUACCUUGGCAAAAGCUAUAAACAUUACGUCUAUCUGGUGGUACCAAUCACAAGAAAGAAACUGUUCGAUGAAAUUGAACGUUCUUGUGCAAUGGAUUCGAGACAAAUUCAACGAGUGUUUAGAGAAAGCGGAGACUUUGAAGCUGAAAUUAGAAACCAAGUCCUCGCUUCCACAAGAUGGUGAAGCUACAAUUAAAGGUUCGAGCUCUCAUGAAAUUCAGGACAACAUUGAUAACGUGCUCGAUAGCGAUGAAUUUCAAAACGAGCCCGUUUUUCUCGAAAAAUUAAUCUACGACAGGGCGUUGGAGAUAUCCAAGGCGGCUGCGAAACUUGAAAUACAGGGAGACAGUCUCAACAGCUGCGAAUUGGCGUAUGCUACAUCUUUAUGGAUGCUAGAAACUGUUCUUGACAAUGCCGCCGAUGACGAAGCUUUUGAAAACUCUACUUUCGGUAUAGCAGGAGUCCUGGAUGAUGCGGACAAAGAAAUGAUCAGAAAGUAUAUUGACAGCAUAUCCAAACGUCUCAAAGUUCUUCGUGGAAAAAUGAACAGGAAAUAG